UGAAAUGUCAGAAAGCCUCCAUCAUCGCUAAAAAAAAAUAAUCAUCAUCGAAGUGCCAGCUAAAAUCGCUAAAAUCCACAACCAGAAGCGUCUCAAAAAUUUCGCUAAGAGCGGAGAAGUGUUAUUCUUAAGUGUUUUAUAUGCAUUUUAUCUCAUAAGCAUUCCAUUACCAAGUGAAAAAACCAGUUUGUUGUCCUAUCGACUCAUUACUGAUCGAAAAAAUAUCAAUCCAAACCAGUUAAGCCGCCCACAGAUUAUUGAUUACCCCAACAUCGAAACUAUCGAAAAAUUUUCGGAUGCUCCGUUAGUUCCCGUAUAAUUUGCGGCCUGCCCAAUCUCCGCAUAUGUUUCCAGCAUCACAACGCUACCAGCAGCAGCAGCCCACGGGGGAAGCAGAAGGACGAGUGGAUUUGAAAUCGUUAGAUUUCAGUUUGACUAAGCGCCUCCUGGCAGCGGUGUUUUUCCUUUUGCUCAUAUAUGCGCUGAAACAGUACUUCGAGGAUCAGAAUCAGUCGAAUAAAGUUUAUACCUAAUAAUCUUCAGGGAAAUGAGUACUAAAAAAGUAUCCUACUUUUUCAACCCGGACGUAGGAAAUUUCCACUAUGGCCCAGGACACCCAAUGAAGCCGCACCGCCUCUCUGUCAUCCAUCAUAUGGUGAUGAAUUAUGGGCUUCAUAAGAAAAUGCAAAUCUAUCGACCUUAUAAAGCCAGCGCGCAUGAUAUGUGUCGCUUCCACAGUGACGAAUAUAUCGAGUUUUUGCAGCGUGUAACACCGCAGAACAUUCAGGGUUUCACGAAAUGUUUGUCGGUUUUCAACGUCGGAGAUGACUGUCCGGUGUUUGAUGGGUUGUUCGAGUUUUGCGCUAUGUACACUGGAGCUUCACUGGAAGGUGCGCAGAAAUUAAACCACAACCACAGUGACAUCUGCAUCAAUUGGUCCGGCGGUUUGCAUCAUGCCAAGAAGUUCGAAGCUUCCGGUUUCUGCUAUGUAAAUGACAUUGUGAUCGGUAUUCUGGAGCUGCUCAAGUACCAUCCGAGGGUACUGUAUAUCGAUAUUGAUGUACAUCAUGGCGAUGGUGUUCAGGAGGCGUUCUAUCUUACUGACCGAGUAAUGACGGUUUCUUUCCACAAGUAUGGAAACUACUUUUUCCCAGGUACAGGAGAUAUGUACGAAAUAGGCGCCGAAUCUGGACGCUAUUAUUCAGUAAAUGUUCCGCUCAAAGAAGGUAUUGACGACCAGAGCUACGUACAGGUUUUCAAGCCAGUCAUUUCUGCUGUGAUGGAGUUCUACCAACCAACAGCGAUCGUAUUGCAGUGCGGUGCGGAUUCCCUUGCAGGUGACCGCCUCGGCUGCUUCUCUCUUAGUACAAAAGGUCACGGCGAAUGCGUAAAAUUUGUAAAAGAAUUAAAUGUUCCAACCUUGGUUGUGGGUGGAGGAGGCUAUACAUUGCGGAACGUGGCCCGUUGUUGGACAUACGAAACGUCGCUGCUGAUUGACGAGACAAUCUCGAAUGAACUGCCGAUGAAUGAUUAUCUGGAAUUUUUUGCACCUGACUUCACGCUGCACCCCGAUAUUCCCAGUCGGCAGGACAAUGCCAACAGUAAACAAUAUCUGGAAGCCAUUACGAGACACGUGUACGACAACCUGAAGAUGUGUCAGCAUGCGCCGAGUGUGCAAAUGUUCGAUAUCCCUGAGGAUUCGCUUCCGGAAGAGGUGAAGGUGAAGGAGGAACCUAACCCGGAGGCAAGAAUGACUCAGGAGGAAGAGGACAAGCAAGUUGAACCCAAAAAUGAGUUUUUCGAUGGAGAGAAUGAUAACGAUAAAAGCGAAAAUGAACCCUAGCAGUAACGUAUGUGUACGUAAAAAAGUCGACUCAUGGAACGCAGCAAAUCUGCAUUGUGAAGUUUACUGUAAGACGAUAGAAUUAUAAUCUAAACCUAAGUAAGCUUUAGCUAAAUCGUAGAGUUACGAUUAAAACCUCUUUUUAGUAUGUAUAGGAAAUACUGUAAUUAUAAUCGCAUGGUGCAAAAAAAACAGUCUUAUUUUUUAU